UAACGAUGACAAUUCCUCCUGCUCAGAAGUUGACCAUGACCAAUAUCUCGCGGUAACUUCCAUUUCACAGAAAAUCAGUUUCCUUCAUUUUCAUCUUCGUCUUCCAACUCUGCAACGAACUGGAAAGAAUUUGGUUUCUCGUUUGCAACUGUGUUUUGUCGAGAUUUCAUCGCGUACUUCGAUCAUUUUGAUUCCUGUACUUGUUAUGGAAUUUCGUGAGAAACGAGGAGAGGAAUUCAAUGCGUCAUCGUCAUCGUUUUCGUCGUCUUACUUCAUGCCAGAUUCAUCGCCAGCUGAUUCCGUAUUACUUCUAUGAUUCGGUUUCGGUUCUGAUACCGCCAUCGCUGGAGAUACUCGAGGUUCGUUAAGCUUAUGUGAUCAAUUCUGCCUCCGGGAUCUUAGUACCUUUGGUGGUGAUUCAAUGUAAAAAGAUAAUUAGAUUGCAAUUUGGUGAAAAUGGCAAAGAUCAUUCGGCGUGUUGCUUCAGGCCUUCCAUGUUUGAAAUCUGACCAAAAGAAACUGGUCAUGGGUAGUGCACCAGCGAAGAAAUAUCCUGCGAACUCAAAAGAUUAUAAGUUAUACGAAGAAGUUGGUGAGGGUGUUAGUGCAACCGUGUAUAGGGCUCUUUGUGUCCCAUUAAAUGAGAUUGUUGCUGUUAAGGUUCUUGACUUGGAGAGGUGCAAUAAUGACCUGGAAGGUACCCGUCGAGAGGUAAACACAAUGUCCUUGGUUAAUCAUACCAACAUAUUGCGAGCACAUUGUUCUUUCACAACUGGUUACAACCUUUGGAUAGUGAUGCCAUACAUGGGUGGAGGAUCAUGCCUUCAUAUAAUGAAAUUGGCCCAUCCUGAAGGUCUCGAAGAGCCUGUUAUUGCUAUUUUGUUGCUUGAGGUUCUCAAAGCUCUUGUUUACCUCCACUCCCAAGGUCACAUUCAUAGAGAUGUGAAGGCUGGGAAUAUUUUAAUUGAUUCAAAUGGUGCAGUCAAGCUAGCUGAUUUUGGAGUGUCAGCAUGUAUCUUUGACACUGGAGAUAGACAACGUUCAAGAAAUACUUUUGUGGGAACUCCUUGCUGGAUGGCUCCUGAAGUUAUGCAGCAAUUUCAUGGAUAUGACUUCAAGGCAGACAUCUGGUCAUUUGGAAUAACAGCACUUGAACUUGCUCAUGGACAUGCCCCAUUUUCCAAGUAUCCACCUAUGAAGGUUUUGCUGAUGACCUUACAAAGUGCACCUCCUGGUCUUCAUUAUGAACGAGAUAAGAGAUUCUCAAAGUCAUUUAAAGAAAUGGUAGCUGCAUGCUUAGUGAAGGAUCCAAAAAAACGUCCCGAAGCAGAGAAGCUUCUGAAGCAUCCAUUUUUUAAACAAGGACACCCAAAUGAAUAUCUUGUUCGAACUCUUCUUAGUGGUCUUCCUUCUCUAGAGGAUCGCUUCAAGAUGUUAAAGGCAAAAGAGGCUGAACUUCUUGGGCAGAACGAGACACUAUAUGGUGAUAAAGAGCAACUGUCACAGAAAGAGUAUGUUAGAGGAGUGAGUGCCUGGAACUUCAACCUUGAUGAUUUGAAAAGUCAGGCUGCUCUUCAUAUUCAGGAUGAUACAAUUGUUAAGGAAAAGGACGUGGGAGUAAAUGAAAGACAAGAAGAUGAAAAGGAAUUUGGUUUACAUGCAGAAAGGACAUCGGCGGAAAAACUGAGCUGUUCCAAUCCUACACCCAGCUGUGAGGGUGUGAGUGAUCUUCGUUCUUUAGAGAGUUUUCCUGCUUCGCUUCGUACCAGGCCUAUUGGAGCGACAAAUAAUGGCGAUGAAAUUUUCGAGGAAGAUAUGAACAGAGCUAAUCGAAGAAAGGACGAUAUAAACAGAACUAAUCCAAGAGUGGUGGAUCAAGAAUUUAGAACCAAAGUAAAUUAUACAUCAAAUGGUGCUGCUGCUCAGCUAAAAGAACACUCUAAAGCUUCUUCAGCCGGACUUGGAAGAAAGGAUCCUACGAGCAGCUUGUGUACUGCAGUUUCUGGAAGUUUGACCAGUCCAUUCACCACAAACCUCUCAGCUUCCUCACUUAUCCCAUCACUGCACUGCAUUUUGCAGCAGAAUGAGUUGCAGAGGGAAGAAAUUAUAAAGUCAAUCAAGUAUCUGGAACAAAUCUCUGGCAUGUACAAAGAGUCAGCUGAAGAGAGUAUGAACGACUUCAUGCAGACACUUCCAACACCAGCAUCCUCCAGAGAGAGAGAAUUAUGGUCUCAAGCGAUUCAUCUGCAUCAGAGUGUCAGCACACUUGCGGAGGAAUUAUCUAAACAGAGGCUAAAAAAUGCUCAGUUGGAAAGAAAAUUGAAUGCCUUGGCACGCAAAGAGGAAGUAUUAUGAAUGGCAUACAUACAUGGCUUGAUGACAAGAAUACGUCCCACGUGCGACUAUAGAGGUGUGUCAUGAGGCAUAGGAGGUCUGGUGUACUUGAACGUGUAAUGUGGCUGCUACGGCUAUGUUCGACUGGACAGUGACUUGAUUAUAAGUUCGAUUGGUCAGUA